AUGGAGCCUGAAUCGAGCCCGCUGCUGCAAGGCAGUCCGCCAUCUACGACGCCGGUCGAUUUUGCUGGUUAUGCGCAUGCUGGCGGACGCCGCCGCACGAGAUUAUAUAUGUUGAUUUAUUUGCUCGUCUUCCUUGACUGCUUCUCGGGAUUCCUCCUUGAUGUUCCUCUCAUACAGUUGCUCGAGAGGACAGUCUGUUGGCGCGAGGCUCGGCGCGAUAGCCUCCUUCUUAUGGUCGAUUCUCCUCCUUUUUGCAAGUCUCCGGCGGUGCAGCGCGAGGUGGCUAUUAUCAAUGGGUUCAAAGGGAGCUUUGACUCAUUAUCUGGUCUUCUCACGGCCUUGAUUUACGGCUCUCUCGCGGACAAGAAGGGCCGAAAGCCCAUCAUUAUUCUUUCCUUCGCCGGUCUAUAUCUGCACCUUUUGUGGAUCCUGUUUGUUUGUAUUACUCCUGCUGUCUCUCUCGUCCUCGUGGCUCAGCUAAUCUUCAGUGGCCCAGGCUACAAUAGGAACAUCAUGCCAACUCGCCUGGUCUGGACGGCCUCGGUAUUUCUUAUGAUCGGCGGGGGGCACAAAGUAUUCAUGUCCAUGCUAUAUACGAUGUUGAGCGAGGGCCUCUCAGCUGGAAUCUCUGGCGGAUUAUACACCCUCAGCGGAAUCAAGAUGCUCUCUUCUACGUUCUCUCCCCUCAUGAGCGGGUUUCUCAUGACCUUUAAUCUCUGGACUCCAUUCCAGCUGGCGUUGCUUUUAAAUUCGAUUUGCUUCCCGGUUAUGCUACUUCUUCCCGAAACAUUGACGCCGCCUCCACGUGCCGCGUUUCAUGCUGAGCGAGCUCGGUUGAUCCAGCAAAGCACAGCGGAUCAACGGCCAGGUGAAUCUCCAAUGCUGCUCGUCCCGACGGAGCCACCAACAACUAGUGGCAAUACGGUCCUCCAAGACGCCGCCGCGUCCAUCUUACAACUGAUCCGACAGAGUCUGGGCAUAUUCUCGCAUCAGCGGCAACUGUCAGCAAUUCUUUUCGUAAGCAUCAUGCAUUCUUUUACCAUCUCAAACACAUUGAUUCUCCCACAAUAUGCCUCUGAGAAACUGCACUGGGAGUUUCAUCACACCACUACGCUACUGUCGAUCAAAUAUGGCGUCACACUUCUCACAACUGGAAUUCUCUUUCCCAUCGUCGUUGUGAAGACGCAACAUAGACCAAUUACGGCACAAAGAGCUCUCAAUUUGCGAAUCAUCCAGGCCUGUCUGUGUUGUUCUUCAAUAGGAUAUCUCUGCAUUGCAGUUGCAACAGAACCCGUCUCGUUUCUUGCAGGUGCUGAUCCCCCCCCGACCGCCUUGCGUUUCUUCAAGCUUUUGUGCUGA